GUGCGUGUAUGCUGCAAGUUACAGGAAGACCCCCCACCCCGUGGGUUAAGGUGAAAACCUGUUGGCUCGUGUGGUACCCAGACUGACACGAGACAAAGGGUGUUGGUAGAAGCUCAUUAAAGCCUCUGCAGUACACAGAGCCGCGGGCGGACACUCAGGCUAAUACUGUACGUGCUGCAUCUGCCUCCAGCUGCCUCACUACUGCGCUACUCGCUCUUGCUUCUGUGUUUUCGGAGCACCGACCACUUGCCACUUGGAAACGAAUAGUCAGACCCUGGGGGCUCAAUACCUUCCGACCACCUGCUGCAGCUCCCUAGGGUCAUAUAAAACAUAGCAAGCGACGACCCCUACAAGCAUUGUAUGCGCGAGCCCGUUUCCCUCCCCACCGCCGCCCUCUCCUUUUCUUGGCAGCCCACGUGAGCCAAACAGCUUGACUGGCUGCUAACCCGGAGCUCUGGACUCAUCCAAGUCAUUCAGCAGCGCCGGGGACGGAAUCAGCAUCUCUCUCGCUGCUCUCUGCCAAGGACAACGCUUCGGCCCCCUAUCUCCUUGAGAACUCCAAGAGGCUGCCCUGUGUGCACCGCAGCUUUUAUACGCACAACUGUCAUCUCUCUAAUUGCCAUUGGCUUCAGCUGUCAGACUGACGACUCAGCCCGUUGUGAGCGCCCACUUAUCAAGUCGCAGCUUUCCCAGCCAAAGUUUGUGUGUGCGACUCCAACUCCCUGUGGGGAUGAUAGUAAUGCGCGCGUCUGGCUGAUGGGAGACUUUGAUUCGGAUCCUGGCGGAGAAGCCGUUCUGGGUGGUUUUUGCUUUGCACCGCGGACCUUACAGGAGACGUGCCUUGGGAACUAAGAUCCUCUCUGUUAUUCUCACUAGCCUGGAUCCACAGUCCUUGGGGGCCCUGUAUGGAGCUAUAGAAAACCCUAUAUAAAAUGUAACUAAACUUUUAUCCUACAAUUUAUUUCUGGCAUUUUCUGGAUACAUAACAUUGUCCUUCAGCAAGAACUCUCUGGAGCUAUACAUGUGUAUGAGGAGCAGCGCAGUCUGCCUCACGUUUGGCUUUAACUGAUCAUUGGAGCCUUCACAAGUGGCAUUAGCUGCUGCUGCCAUGUAGGCUGGAGGGGAACCUUUGCGUUUCUCCGCUUAGCACCAAUUAGCUUGCAGCACCGAUUUCCUAUCAGCCCAUGCGGAGCCACUAUUGUUAGUAAUUGCGCAGAGCGUUAGCCACGUAAAGCAAUAGCUGCACUAAAGCAAGAUUAUGAGCUGAGCUGUCCCUUAUUUACAACUUUAUACCCUGCUUUCUUCAUCAGUCCAUGGAACAGGACAAGGCAAAGGGUUGAGGCUAGACUAACAUACUCUGGAGGCUAUCUGGCUCUAUUUGUGACCUGUUCUCUGGCUCUGGGGGCUUAAGUGCCACAUUCCCAUCAUGGCUGGAAGGAGGAGGUAUCCAGGACUUUUAUGCAGCUACCACCACUACAAUGGCUACACUUACUACCAUUACAUGUACUGCUGCCUUCUGAUUCUUAUUGCUACAAAGGCAACCUGCAAAGUACUGCCUACAAACUCAGCCCAUCCCACAGCACUUUCACCAUCCCCAGCUGCCAUACUUCCAGUCAGCUAUCGCCUGUCUAAUACACGUUUGGCCUUCUUCUUGAGAGAGGCUGGACCUCUUCCAGCAUGGAAUUCAAGCACCCCAUUAUUGCAACGUUCAGAGCCUUUUGUGGUGUUUCAAACAAAAGAAUUACCAAUCCUUAAUAUUACUUUGGGGCCUUUUGCUGCUGGGCAGGUUUUGCCAAAAGAGCUGCUACAACCUUCAAGCACCUUAGAGGUCCCUGACCAAUUAACUGUAAACUGGAAAAUUCGUGCCUACAUCAUUCGCACAAAGAUACCUGCUAGUCAACCAGUAGUACAGGUACUUUUUUACGUAGCUGGCCGGGACUGGGAUGACUUUAGUGUUACAGAACGUCUACCCUGUGUCCGACUUCAUGCUUUCCGGGAUGUAAGAGACAUAAAAAGUUCAUGCCGACUUCGGGGAAACCUAGCUACUUGCCUUGCGCAGGCUGAACUACCACAGAACUGGUUUGGAUUGGCAGUUGCACCCAUGGGACGUAGAAAACCAUCCUCUAACGGGGCAGAACUUAAUGAAGAAAGCCUACACGUAGAACUGUUUUAUACUUUGCAUGCUCUGGACCCAGCUGGUGGGUGUUCAUAUGAGCCUGGGACACGUAGGGGAGGAGAAGCUCCAACUCAGCAUCCCCUUCUUCGCAUUGGAAGUAUCAGUCUAUAUAAGCCUAUUGUAGUUGAGCAGAUGCAAGAACAACAGUUGGAUACUAAUGUCUUCAUCAGACUUCCAGAUCGCCCACUACGGCCAGGAGAGAUCCUAAGCAUAAUGCUAUAUUUGGUAGGAAAUUCCAGCGUAGAGCACUUCACACUCAGGGUGAAGGCAAAGAAGGGAAUAAAUCUGCAGAGUACCAAAUCGAGGGAUCCCAAAUGGCUAGUGAACUCGGAGUUGCUGACAGGUGGAAAACAUUCCACAGCUACUGUAGAUGUGUCCCGAGUUCAAGGAAUAACAUAUCUGAGUGAAGAUUCCGCUUACCAGAUAAUGCAGCUUGACUUUGAAAUGGAGAAUUUCACCAGUCAGUCAGUCACAAGACGUAUAAUGUGGCAUGUAGAUUACCGGGGUCGAAAUCCUCCUCCUGAUCUGGAGAAGGCUGUAACUGAACUAACUGUGAUACAGAAGGACAUUCGUGCAAUUGUCCCAUUAGCAAUGGACACAGAAAUUAUUAACACAGCCAUUCUGACAGGGCGGACAGUUGCAAUACCUGUCAAAGUUCUGGCUAUUGAGACAUCUGGGGUUAUUACUGAUAUCACCUCUGUUACAGAGUGCAAAUCCAGCAAUGAAGACAUUAUAAAGGUGUCAAGCAGCUGUGACUAUGUAUUUGUCAGCGGGAAGGAAACAAGGGGCUCUAUGAAUGCACAGGCCAUUUUUAGCUAUGAACAUCUCAGCGCACCAUUAGAAAUGACAGUCUGGGUACCCAAGAUCCCAUUGUACAUUGAGCUUUCUGAUUCCAAACUGAGUCAAAUAAAAGGCUGGAGAAUCCCGAUCCUGCCAGACAGAAGGUCUGUUCGGGACAGCGAUGAUGACGACGAUGAUGAGGAUGAUAGGAAGCUCUCCCGUGGGUGUACUUUGCAGUACCAACAUGCUACUCUUCAAGUAUUCACCCAAUUUCACACUACCUCCUCAGAGGGCACUGACCAAGUUAUCACCAUGCUGGGUCCUGAUUGGUUGGUGGAGGUUACUGACCUAGUAAAUGACUUCAUGCAGGUGGAAGACCCACGAAUAGCGGAAAUGGUUGACAGUAAUACAGUUGCGGGACGUGAGCCUGGAACUACAUUAUUUAAGGUGGUGUCUCCUCUGAUGGAAACAGUGCUUGGUCAGACCCCUAUUACAGUGACAGAUGAAAAAGUCAGCAUAACUGAAUUGCGGGCCCAGGUGAUAUCUGGCUUAACACUCUCUCUUCAUCCAAGUCCUGGAAACAGCCACACUAUCAUUGCAAAGUCAAGUGCCCAGCACAUUCUGAAAUUCCCUAAACAGGAAGGUCUGUUGAAUCUUUGGCUUACAUUCGGUGAUGGAUCCUCUGUACCUCUUUCAUUCUAUGAUCCCAAAGACUAUACGUUAUCAGUGAGCAGUCUGGAUGAACAAGUGAUCUCAGUGAGUCCAGAUCGUACCUUUCCCAUUGUAACAGCUGGAGAGGAGCAGGGAGCAGGAACCCUUCUGCGGGCUGAGAUGAUAAUAAAUGAGAUCUGCCAAAAAACAAAGAGGAAGAGCAUUUUAUCGACGGCAACAGCACUAGUGCAGGUCAUGUUUGGUCCCGAUGAGCCAGGAGAAGAGGAGGAACCAGGAAAAUUUGUGAGUGUUGUACCACCACAUUUUCCUGCACAAAAAAACAAAGAAACAUCUGGCACAACACUGAUUACACCGCUCUCUACAUCAAUUGAGGAUCUCAGUACACUUGGUUCUGGGGAAUAUCCCUUAGCAAUUCCUACAGUUUUUCCUCAAUCGCCUCGAGGAUUGACAGACUUAGAAAUUGGCAUGUAUGCACUCUUGGGAGUUUUCUGUUUAGCCAUACUAGUAUUUCUCAUAAACUGCAUAGUUUUUGUUCUUAAAUAUAGACACAAGAGAGUCCCACCGGAAGGUCAGGCAAACCCUGAUCAUUCCCAUCACUGGGUUUUCCUAGGAAAUGGGCAACCCCUCAGGGCACGGGGGAACCUAUCACCACAACCUGAAAGUCCUGCCAAUCUUUUGGAGGCAGGAAGUUUACCUCCUCAUCAUGCUUCAUGUUGCAGAGGUGAAGCACGAGGAAGUAGCAGUAACAGUAGCUCUCAGGCCAGUGUACAGAGCCAAUCACAUGGACGGGGGGAUGGAUCUUCUGGGGGAGGUGGCUCAAGUCGAGAAGCCAGUGAGGACCCUCUAAGCUCAUCACCCACAACAAAGCGAAAGCGAGUAAAGUUUACCACCUUCACUAGCUUGCCCAGUGAAGGAAGUGUAUAUGAUGCUGUACCAGGGGCAGAGGAAAAUGAUAUGGAGUGGGUUUGCCGGGACAUGGGACUCCGAGAUCCCCAGGAGCUUAGAGACUACAUCAGGAGGGUCAGAGAAAUGGCAUAGCCUUGGUGUUUGUUGGGGCUGUUCGGACUAGAUGAGCAAACAUGCACCCAAAAGGAUUGUUGCUUUCUCCGAAACAUGGAGAAUGGGCUUAACGUUCUCUUUGUGUCUCGCUAUUAAUGUAUUUAAUCUCAUAAUCUACCACCACUGUCAUUUUCUUCCAAAAUAUCAGUAUUCAUCCACCAAAAUCAUUAUCUUUCUCUGUCUCUUUUCCUUCUUCAUAUAUGCACUAAGCCCUCUAUCAUAUCUACCAACCAUACAAAAAGGAGCAUGUUGUUUACAAUGUCUCUGAAUUAUUUGUAAAAAAAAGAAAGAAAAAAGAACAUGGAACUUUGGCUCCGACAUUCAUGCAUACCAUUAGAAAUAUCUAUACAAAUCAGCUCAGUGAGGUUACAAAAAAGGAAGAAUUUUACCGUAUUGUAGCUUCAAAAACACAGAGAACCUGAGCUAGAUCUGAUUUUCACCUUUAUUGCUUACAUUUCACAAAAAUCCAGACAACAAAUUAGGAGGUCAUGAUGGUUGUAACAAGGACAGUAGCCUGGACAGAUUUUACAUAGGCUUUAUAC